CGGAAGCGGCCCGUAGAGCGGGCUUCCGGCGGGAGGCACGUGGGAUCGCGCUACAACUGUCGCCCCGCUCCCUCCGCGCAAGCUCCUCUAACGGUUUCCCCACCCGCCGCCAUGGAGGCUGAGGCGGCGGGCGAGGGCGGCUUCACCAGCGUCUUGUCCAAGCGGAGCCGGCGAAAGCGGCGGGCGGCUGCGGGCGGUGAGGAACCGCUGGCGGGGGCAGUCAUGGAGACGGCGGAGUCGCGGCCCAGCAAGAGGCCGGCCUUUCCUCCGGUGGCCGCCGAGGCGCUUGGGGUCGGGAAAGGCGAAGUGAGGAAGGUUCCUGUGCCGGCCAACAGGUACACGCCGUUAAAGGAGAACUGGAUGAAAAUAUUCACGCCUAUCGUGGAGCACCUGCAACUUCAAAUCAGAUUUAAUUUGAAAACAAGAAACGUUGAAAUCAAGACUUGUCCAGAGACAAAGGAUCUCAGUGCUCUAACGAAAGCAGCAGAUUUUGUGAAAGCGUUUAUACUUGGUUUUCAGGUGGAGGAUGCUCUUGCUCUCAUCAGAUUAGAUGAUCUUUUUUUAGAAUCAUUUGAAGUUACAGAUGUCAAACCUUUGAAAGGAGAUCAUUUGUCAAGAGCAAUAGGGAGGAUAGCUGGGAAAGGCGGAAAAACAAAAUUCACUAUAGAAAAUGUAACCAGGACGCGAAUAGUUCUUGCAGACACGAAAAUUCAUAUUUUGGGAUCUUUUCAGAAUAUUAAAAUGGCACGAACAGCAAUUUGCAAUCUAAUUUUAGGGAGUCCUCCAUCAAAAGUUUAUGGAAAUAUUCGGGCAGUAGCCAGCAGAGCAGCAGAAAGGUUCUGAGCUGCAGUGUGGCUGCACCACCAAGGACUGGGAGUUGUGGCUUCUGUACACACCAGAAGCUGGGAGCUACGGAAGCACUUGGUUUUCUGCUUGAUUUGAAAGCCCAGAAGAAAGCCAUGACUGUUUGUGCAUUCUAAUUUCAUUCAGACAUGCUGACUGAUUUGAACACAAUAUUCCUGUAUAGUCAUUAAAAAUUAUUUUGAAUUGGU